AUGCUUCUUCGGUUGCCGCCCAGCCUCCACUACCCGAUCACCGUCACGUCGCUGCUGAAACAGCCCGGCGACUCGGUGGAGAGGGACGAGGCGCUGUUCUGGUAUGUCUACCAGACGACUGUCACCGAGGGUGAUGGGCUGGGCAAUAAGAUUGAGGUCAAACGCAAGUUCCCGACCAAGUUUGAGUCGACUGUUGAUGGCGAGGUGGUCCAAUGGAAGAUUGCAAAGGGGGACAUCAUCGAUGAACCUGUCGAGGUCAUCGAGAUCGAUGAGCCAUGUGCUCACGAAGUCCAGUUUGGGGGCCUCUGUGCAGAGUGCGGCAAGGACAUGACCGAGUCUACAUACAAUACGGAGGUGACAGAUUCGAUGCGCGCAACGAUUCAGAUGGUCCAUGAUAACACCGCGCUAACCGUGAGCGAGAAGGAGGCUGCACGGGUGGAGGAAGAUGCGAAACGCCGGCUGUUGUCAAAUAGAAAACUCUCUCUGGUGGUGGAUCUUGACCAGACUAUCAUCCAUGCCACCGUCGAUCCCACUGUUGGAGAGUGGAUGGAAGACAAGGAUAACCCAAACCACCAAGCACUAAGCGAUGUUCGUGCAUUCCAGUUGGUAGACGAUGGACCGGGAAUGCGCGGUUGCUGGUACUAUGUCAAGUUACGACCAGGUUUAGAGUCAUUCUUGCAAAACGUCUCAGAGCUCUUUGAAUUGCAUAUCUACACCAUGGGUACACGAGCAUAUGCGCAACACAUUGCAAGUAUCAUAGAUCCAGACCGGAAGCUGUUCGGCGACCGCAUCCUCAGUCGUGAUGAGAGUGGAAGCCUGACGGCUAAGAACCUCCAUCGUCUGUUCCCAGUGGACACGAAGAUGGUCGUUAUCAUCGACGACCGCGGUGACGUUUGGCGGUGGAGUCCUAAUCUUAUCAAGGUUUCUCCGUAUGACUUCUUCGUUGGCAUCGGGGAUAUCAACUCAAGUUUUCUGCCAAAGAAACAGGAGUUGGGCACAGUCAGCAAGGCUGGGGAGAAGACAGGAACGAGACCCACAAAGUCUCCGCUUGAACAUCAUGUGAACGGCACAACAGCGAAACCAGAGGGAGAAGUGUCGGCGUUAGAACAGCUGGUGACCAUGGGUGGCGGAGACAACCCGAGACUACUGCAAGAACAGACAGACGCGCAGGAAGAGACCAUAAUGCACCAGGUGGAAGAUCGCCCUCUGCUGCAGAAACAGAAGGAACUAGACGCCGAAGAAGAUUCUGCAGAGAGUAUUGAUACCUCUUCUAGCAUGGAUGAGUCGCAAGACUCAAGCAAACAUCGGCACCAUUUGCUGGAGGAUAACGACCGGGAACUCUUCCAGCUGGAAGAGCGACUUGAGCAGGUACAUAAGCAGUUCUUUGAAGAGUAUGAUCUGAGGCGAACGAGGGGGUUGGGUGGAAGAGUGGCAGCUCUGAGGGGCGAGAAGACGCCUUCGAAAGAGAAGGAUGUUGAUCUAAAACUGGUGCCUGAUAUCAAGGAUAUCAUGCCGCAGAUCAAGCGCCGGAUCCUCGGCGGGGUGAUUCUGGUCUUUUCCGGAGUGCUUCCGCUCGGAACAGAUACUCAGAACGCCGAUAUCUCCCUAUGGGCGAAGAGUUUCGGGGCUGCUAUUUCUCAGAAGAUCAAUGUGAAGACCACCCAUCUGGUGGCCGGCCGUAACCGCACGGCUAAGGUUCGGGAGGCGACGCGGUACACCAACGUCAAGAUCGUCACCACACAGUGGCUCUUGGACUGCCUGACGCAAUGGAAAUGGCUGGAUGAGGAGCCUUACUUACUUCCUGUACACCCUGACGAUCGGGGAGAGCCAAUCUCGCCUGGCUCUAAGGAGAUGGAAAGCGGAUGGCUUUCGUCAUCUGAAGAUACGGGAGAUUUUUGGACCGAGGAAGAAGAUGCGUCAGAAUCCACAGAAGACAUUCUCAAGUCCACCGGCCUCGACGAGCAUUCCCCGAUUGGUUACGAUGAAGACCAGCAAGCCGCUGUCCACGAGGAACUCAAAGAGUUCCUUGGCAGUGACGAUGAAAGCGAAAGCGACAGCGAAGUAUCGUCCUGGGCAGAGGAAGCGACAUCCAACAAGAAACGUAAGCGUGAUGAAGGCGCAGAAGGCGGGGACGAAGAAGACAGUCAAGAGGAAGGCGAUCAGCCAGGCUCACGCCUAUCACAGCGUAUCAAGCGCUCCUACGAGCGGAGCACGGGACUGAAGGAGGUUGCGACUGCGACUACCGACGAUCCUGCUCAUCGAUUGCCCGUGGCUACAGAAUCGGAUGAGCCUGCAUCUCACGACCUAAAUGCCAGCCUCCCCGAAGAACCCGCGGAGGACGACGACGACCUCGAGCGGGAGAUGAUGGCUGCUUUCGAGGAUGACGACUCUGACGCCAAAGCGGAAGAGGACCUUGCGGCGGACAACGGUUGA